AUUUCAUCAGCAUUAAUGUGUGUUGGGCUGAAGCUGUUACUGAGAUGGAUCUGUUGGACGACUGGGAACAAAAGAAGACAACUAACGCUGGAGACUGAUGAACCACUGAAACCCUCAGACGGGUGGAGAGGCCGGGUGUCCUGGGGGGAGUUUAGCCUGACACUCCGCUGGGGACGACGAGGACGAGUUUGACCUGAGAAGAGCCGCAGCUGGCUGGUUAACAGGAGUUUGCAGGAGCGUCUCUCUGCGUCAGGAGGCUGCACAGACAGCAGAGGCGAGGCGGCAGCAUUUCAUCCAGCAGAGUGCACACAGGGGCGCUCCGGAUAACAAGCCAAAUUCUGCACUGCAGUGGAUUUCCUCAGGUGUGUGUGUGUGUGUGUGAGUGAGUGAGUGUGUAGAGGUGUGUGUGUGUGCAUGUGUGUGUGUGAGUGAGUGAGUGUGUAGAGGUGUGUGUGUGCAUGUGUGUGUGUGUGGGGGUACAGGCUCUGUUCACUUUCUCAUUAACAUCCGAAGAACCUGCAGAAGCUUUGGGGCAUCGUCUGGAGGUCGUCCCGUCCUCGGAAACUGUGCCACCAUCCGGUUUCUGCACCGCCCAGACCCCCACCUCCUCCUCUCCUCCUCCUCCUCUUCGUUAUCCCACCACAGGCAGAGUGUGGCGGCUCGUCCGUCCAUCUGUCCGUCUGUCCGGUCGGAUCAGAGAAGCCUGCAGGCCUCAGACUGGAGAGCCUGUGACUGACUGACUGCUUGGAUUUAUCCUGUGGAUUUCUGAGGCGCUGCACAGACACUGAACCACAUCUGCAGUCCCACAGCGGAGAGCAGCACUUGGAGGAACUUGUAGUUUUGGAUUAAGAAGGUUGGACCCACACUUCACCGAGUUGUAGUACUAAACAAAGUGUCACAUUUCACCUCAGGGAUCAGAUUUUUAUCAUUUCCAUGGUGUCAUCAGGACACAGUCAGCACGACACAGCAGAUCUCAGGCGCUGCAGGUGUUCAGGUGUGGGCUCCAGCUUCACCUCAGGGAUUUUUAUCUAACAGAGCGUCCGUUUGGUAUUUUUCACAGAGUUGAUUUCACUUUUACCGCAGUGAAUCUCAGGCAACAUCUGUAUUUUUUUUGGCUUCAGAACGACCUAUGAACUCCUGUCACCAUGACGUCUGACAGUUUCCAGUACCGCGCGCUCUUUGAGUACAAGCGGGAGCGCGGUGAUGACAUCAGCCUCCAGCCAGGCGACCUGCUCACCGUCCCCAAGGCCUCGCUGAUGGCCGUGCCGGGGCUGGACUACCAGGACGGGGACGAGCGGAGCCCCAAAGGCUGGCUGCACGGCACCAACGAGAGGACCAAGGAGAAGGGAGACUUUCCAGGGACGUUUGUGGAGUACGUCGGCGUGCUGAGGGCCGGCCCUCCUGCGGCUAAAUCCUGGCCCAGGCCGGUGCCGCCGACCCCCGGGGGCCUACAGACCACUGGAGGGGCCCAGGCUCCUGGAGCAGCUGCUGCUGCAGGUGUGGAGGCGGAGCUUCUGUCCGACGCGGCGCCUGUGGUGGUUUGGAGGCUCGUCGAGGCCGUGGAGAAACACGGUCUGAGCAGUGAGUCUCUGUAUCGAGCUCCUCCGUCCUCCAGCGGCCCUGCGGAGCUGCGACAGGCUCUGGACUCAGAUCCCUUCUCAGCGGAUCUGGAUCAGUACGAUGUGGUUCCUCUGACUGAUGCUCUCAGAGGUUUCCUGCAGGAUCGGCCCGCCCCGAUCAUCCCCGCCACAGUCUACAGCGAGCUGGUCUACACUGCUCAAGAGAGUCAGACUGUGGAGGAGUGCGGGGAGAGGCUGAAGAGGAUCCUGGAUUCUCCCAGCAUCCCUCAGGCCAACCACCAGCUCCUGGUCCACCUGAGCAGACACCUGGCCCGGGUCAGCCAGCUCGGUCCGACCGGCCCCCGGCUGCUGGGACAGGCCUUCGCCGAGGCCGUCUUCAAGCACUCUGCCCUCAGUGUGGAUGUGAACCCGGAGCAUCACGUCAGGAUCUUGGAGGCUCUCAUUGGAACGGGAGGACUGAUGGAGAUGCAGGCGGCACCAGCUCUUCCCCCGAAGCCAGCGAAGCCCCAGCAGCCCUCCUCGGUCGGGGUGGGAGGAGGCAGCAGCAACGGUGCCAAGGAUGGAGGAGCAGGAGGUUCACUGCAGGAGGCCGAGUGGUACUGGGGAGACAUAUCCAGGGAGGAGGUCAAUGAUAAGCUCAGAGACAUGCCCGAUGGAACUUUUCUGGUUCGGGAUGCUUCCACCAAGAUGCAGGGCGACUACACGCUCACACUGAGGAAAGGGGGCAACAACAAGCUGAUAAAGAUCUACCAUCGGGACGGGAAGUACGGCUUCUCCGACCCGCUGACGUUCAGCUCAGUGGUGGAGCUCAUCAGCCACUACAGACACGAGUCUCUGGCUCAGUACAACACCAAACUGGAUGUCAAACUCAUGUACCCCAUCUCUCGCUUCCAGCAGGACCAGCUGGUAAAGGAGGAUAAUAUUGAUGCUGUUGGGAAGAAGCUGCAGGAAUACCACAAUCAGUACCAAGAGAAGAGCAAAGAGUACGACAGACUGUACGAAGAAUACACCAAGACGUCGCAGGAGAUCCAGAUGAAGCGAACAGCCAUCGAAGCCUUCAACGAGACCAUCAAGAUCUUCGAGGAGCAGUGCCACACACAGGAGCGCUACAGCAAGGACUACAUCGAGCGCUUCCGCCGCGAGGGCAACGACAAGGAGAUCGAGCGGAUCAUGAUGAACUACGAGAAGCUCAAGUCUCGGCUCGGAGAGAUCCACGACAGCAAAGUGCGCCUGGAGCAGGACCUGAAGACACAAGCCAUGGACAACCGCGAGACGGACAAAAAGAUGAACAGCCUGAAGCCUGACCUCAUACAGCUCCGCAAGAUCAGGGACCAGUAUCUUGUCUGGCUCAAUCACAAAGGAGUUCGUCAGAAACGAAUUAACGACUGGCUGGGAAUCAAGAACGAGAACACUGACGAAGGCUACUUUGUGAACGAGGAGGAUGAGAACUUGCCUCACUACGAUGAGAAGAGCUGGUUCGUCGGGGACCUGAACAGGACGCAGGCGGAGGAGCUGCUCCUCGGGAAGCCGGACGGAGCGUUUCUCAUCCGGGAAAGCAGCAAAAAGGGCUGCUACGCCUGCUCUGUAGUCGUCGAAGGUGAGGUGAAGCACUGCGUGAUCUACAGCACACCGCGCGGCUUCGGCUUCGCUGAGCCCUACAACCUGUACAGCAGCCUGAAGGACCUGGUGCUCCACUACCACCAGGCCUCCCUGGUGCAGCACAACGACUCGCUCAACGUGCGCCUCGCAUACCCCGUCUACGCACAGAUGCCCUCCGGACGCAGAUGAACCCCACCCGCCUAGCCACACCCCCACAUAGACAACAAACCAACCCCCCUCUCGGGGAAGGGAGAACGGGGAGAGUGAAGGAGGGAGGGGGGAUUGGUUGAAAUACAAAGCAACCCCAACACCAGACCCGAUAAAGAUAGAAACAAAGUAAACACUUGCUGCAACACACACGUCAGCCACCUUGGAGUUAUAUAUUUUUACAAGAACAAUUUCGGAGGGCAUUCUUUCUAAAGACUGCUUGAUUUGCACAAGGAAGUUUUAAAUGUUUGUGAAUGUGAAAAAAAGAAGUGACUGAAAGAAGGAAGGAAGGAAACGGAGUAGGAGACUUCAGAGUUUCAGGUUGACCCCGCUGCUACCUAAACUCCAGCUCAGACUUUUUACCAGAAACUCAGAAACCACACGAAUGACGACAAAGACGACGACAAAACAUUCCCGUUUUAACACCUUUUUGUUUCCCGUUAUUUUGACUUUCCACCUCAGAUGGUUCUAUGACGACCUUGUUGUUUUGUUUCUGGAGUCGUCUCCAUGUUUCCGAUGUUUCCUUUUGUUUACUUCGACGAGGAGAUGAUGUCAAGUGUCUGUUCUCUGUCCCUCUCCGUACGAAAAGCAAAAAUAAUGUAGCAUAACAAGACAAUGGACACUUGUUUCAUGAAGUGUUCCUCCAUGUAGACUGCUGCUGAAGGGUUAAGGGGGAGGGUGGGGGGCGCAAGUGACACCCAACAGUUUUAAAAGAAGGACUCAAGGCUUGCUUUUAUACUAACUGCAAAGGGUUUCUUUAUGUUUGCUUUGCUGGAACAUAGUUUUUUGUUUUGCCAAUGUGUAAAAGGCAACACGGAUCAGAACCAGAGACCAAAGUUGGUGUUAAGAGGGAGGGAGGGCAAAGAGGUAACAGCCAGAGUGUUUCUUUUUCUUUCUUUUCCUUUUUGUGAAUGGAGAAAGCAGCGAAGAAAAGCAAACGAAUGGUGUGUUUGAGACCACACAUAAAACCGAGUUUUGGGCCACGUGCUUGUGAGCCAAAUAGCCUUUUUGGAAAACCAAAUGGUACGUAAACAGAAACACCAGGACCUUCUGUUAAUACAGAUGGUCGAGGACGAAGCACUUAAACAAGUCCCAUCUGUGACCUCGGCGCUCUGUGUGUUCUCUGGGACUCCCUGAACUCCCAAAAGUGACUAGUUUACAGAACUGAUCCUUAAUUGGCAGCUACAAUUAUUUUUAUUAUCUUAAAGAACAACUGAGAAAACGCUCAUCAGAUGCAGCCCAAGAAAAAAGAUUAUUAGAAAGUUUCCCAGCGGAGAGAUUCAGCGACGUCACACAGCUUCAGAGCGCCGAGGUCACAGAUGUUGCUACACUUAAACCAGACGAGAAAAUGUUACAAAAGGUCACUUUCACCAAAAUAAUCCUUAGGAAGGAAAAACACGAAAAGUCUGACCUGGAACCUGAAACCCAUUUUAUGUGUGGUGUAAAAAGAGUGAGAGUUAACAUGAGAACAUGCUAAACGACUGUGGGUUGAAAAACUGGGACUGAUUGUGACUUUUUCAGAAAUAAUAAGCUUUGAUUAAAAAAAAAAAAGAAGAAGAAAAAUGUUUUAAGUGUAACACAGAGACGGAGGCGAUGUCCCGAGCUGAAGACACAGGCUUUAGAAGAAAAUACUGAAAACUUGAAAGAACGUGCAAUCUAGCGUUGUGUCCUUCAGCAGUCAGAGAGAGAGAGAGAUGCACUACGGUCCGAGAUAAUCAGAGUGCACAGUGAAGCUUUUGGAGUGAAAUUAAGUUUUUUUUGUUUGUUUGUUUGUCAGAUUGUUUAGUUCCCCCCCCUUUUUUUUUUUUUCCACACUCAGAACUUCUUGCCGGUGCUUGGCUUUAUAACCAGUGGGAGCAUCACACAAUAAAAAAUAUCUUUGGAAAAACUGAAGACAAAAACACAA